UUAAUUUGGAAAAUCAGGCAUCUAAGGGUUAAAAAUAUAGAACACACAAAAUCACCAAAGACAAUGGGAUUUCGACUAUAAUACAGUCUAAGUAUGGACUCCCAUUAUCCUUAUUGUGUGUACGGUGACGUCACCCAGCUUUCCCCUAUCCAAAAUUCUCAUCGUAUACUCCGUCAUCGCAAACAACGUAAUUCUCAAGAACCCCGCGAGCGAAUGGAGACAAAUGUGGUUUAUAGAUUUAGCGCACAAUCGGGCGCAUAAAUACGAGUCGGGUAAACAGCACGUGUACGGGUAUUUAAGCACGAGUACGCGUUUACAGACUGUCGAUACGUGUUCGCGCCUGCCACCGUCGACCUCCACAUCGACAAACCCCAGUGAGUAAUGCGUCGUAGAUAACGAACUGGAAUCCCGUCGGAAUCACCGUUUACGGUUUCAAUAUUCCCAACAGUCCGCAACAUCGAACAAGCGAAAACACAACGUCACGGGAGCGUCGAGCGGAUCGUUUCAGUGCCGAACAGAAAAUGUUGCGCGUGUGCUGGCUACUUCCGGCGCUGAUUUGCACAGCGUGUUUGAUAUUCUGCUGCGGAGCCUGUUCCCCGGAUAUCGGACAGCCGUUGGACUUGAACGAGUUUUCAGGACAAUGGUUCUUCAUAGCUGGCACCCCGAUAAACCAGAGUUUGAGCAGGUGUGGUAGAUUUUUAGCGAAAAGGACGUCAACGGAUACAUUCAAAAUACAGUACACAGCUGUCAGUCACAAGAAGAAUAUUCCAAUCACUUUCUACGUUGAUGGGAGCGUCAAAGGAAAUAAAGUUGUUGGAACGUGGCAGCUCCACGGAUCGCAACGAAAACUAGGACCUUUCAGGCACAUCAUAGUCUACGCAAACUACAGAAGCGUCCUCGCUAUGGCAGUUUGUUCAGAGGGUACGACGCUUCACCAACCGGAGUACAAGUUCGCUAUGAUUUGGUCCCGAGAGAGGAGUCUGCCCUUGCCGAUCUUAAAGGAGCUUAAAUCCAAACUGGGAGCAUACAUUAAUCAAGAGGAAAUUCGGUUGGUGGAUCAUGGGAACUGUUAAACAAACCAUAAACUUUCAUGCCAGACCGCGUCCUGUGACAGGACGUUUCCCUAUAAUUCGCUUAUAUGUAAUUUACGUGCGUCGCACAGAAUAAUGUUGUUACCUAGAUUGGGUUAUAAUCUAUUCAAGCAACGAUUGGAACGAUUGCUCCUACGUACAAAUUUGUUUCAGUAAAAUGUCGUCUUAACGAAGUGUAUCAUUUUAAGGAAUUAAUUAAAAUUUUAUCAAAGUAAACUUAAGUGCAAGGAGAAAAAUAUAUAAUGUAUAAAUAUGUAGUCCUUCCAAGCUGUAUCAUUUUAAGUAAUCAAUCAGAAUUUUAUCGAAGGUGAAGU